UGUCUGUUCGAAGGAAUGCCACUACAUUCUCCUUAUCAAGUUUACCUUUCGCGACGUUCCCAUUUCCGCAAGUCCCAAGCGUCUCAUUACCGUCACGCGAAGUUUUCUGGGCCCAAAAUGAAUGUGUACCACUUGUACACCGUUGCCAUGGCGACAGUUUUCGCCGUCGUCGCCCCAUCGUGUUGCCAAAACGCGAGUUGGGACGAGGAACUGAAGCAUUUGAACUCCGUGGCGGGUGAUUUUACUCCAUUUGGGGGUCGUUCCGACCUCGUCUACAAAGGUAAAGGAGAGUUUGAGAGCUGCAACCGUUGCUUUCAGAAUGCUACAGAGCGUCAUGUGUACCUCAACUCAUUUUCUACACAACCUCAGUCUGCCAAGUACGGAAUCAAUCAGUUCUCCUCCCUCUCACCUGAGGAAUUCCGUGAUUUGUACCUGCGAGCAAUCCCAGAGCAUGCUCCGCCAUUUUUUGGAUCCAAAACCAAGGAGAUGCCGGCCAAAUUUGACUGGAGGGACCGAGCAGUUGUGGCACCUGUCCAGAACCAGCAAGCGUGCGGGAGCUGCUGGGCAUUUAGUGUGGUAGGCGCCAUGCAAGCGGCCAAGGCCAUCGCAGGCAUGCCGCUGGAGGAGCUGAGCGUGCAGCAAGUCAUCGACUGCUGCUUUCAAAAUGGAGGCUGCAAUGGAGGCUCCCCAACCAAAGCUCUCCUUUGGUUGCAGAGGACCAGAAUGAAUCUGGUGCCACAGUCUGAGUACCCCUACAAGGCCAAGAAUGGAAUGUGUCACUUCUUCUCCCAUCCUAAAGUGGGCGUUGCCUUGAGAAACUUCACCACCUUCGACUUCAGUGGUCAGGAGGAGGCAAUGAAGGCAGAGCUGGUGGAGAGGGGUCCUCUGUCUGCUGUCGUGGAUGCUGUCAGCUGGCAAGACUACUUGGGAGGAAUCAUCCAGCACCACUGCUCCAGUCACUGGCCCAACCACGCCGUGCUGGUGGUGGGAUAUGAUGCCACGGGAGAAAUUCCCUUCUGGAUAGUGCAAAAUUCCUGGGGCACCGACUGGGGAAACGAGGGUUACGUUUAUGUCAAACUCGGCAGCAAUCUUUGCGGCAUCGCGGAUUCUGUGGCAGCCGUGUUGGUUUGACAUGAUGCAAAUAAAUGACUUUACCAAGGCGUCA